CUGUUGUUUUGAAACUAUGUUCUGUCCAUUUUGGAGUUAAAACUAAACUCCUGACCCUAACUGUCUCUGCCUUCACGCCUCAGCAGGGCACUGAGAGGAACUGAGCGGAUUACAGCUAUGCGCAUUCAGACGCCACUCUUUAGCUAUAAUGUGUUUUGGUUUCACUGACCCACAGUUUAUUACUGUAUGAUGCCCCAGAGAGACAGGACACAGUCUGGACCUUGCUUCAGUGCAGCACCAUGGCCGCUCUGCUCAUCGCCUUUCUGCUCUUUCUGUCUGUGGGAACUCUGUGCCUCCUGAUUUGCAGAUGGCUCUUCUGCAGGCUGGCGGUGCGAUUCUUUCGCAGCGUCCUAAAAGCCGAGCUGAAAAUCAGAUCAUUGGGCCUCUUUUCUCUCCGAGGCAUCAGCGUACAGUUCUUGUCUCAGCGUACACUGGAAAUAGACAGAAUAUGGAUCUCAAGCAAAUUAUUCAACCAGGACCUGCCGAGAUACUUGGCACUGUGUGUGGGCGAAAUUCGGGUACGGAUUGACCUGCAGGAGCCUCUCAGGCCACAACUGACCGAGAAUCACGAUGGAAAUCCCAGCAAGUCACCGCUUAGUGCUUCAACACUGCGUUUUCUUUCCCAGCUGCUGUCUCUCCACAUUGGCUCCUUGAACGUGAUGGUGCUGAACGUGCUGCUGCCCGAGUCCCUCUGGCACAUGACGAGCACAGCUAUCACUCUACUACUUGAUCACCAAUGCAAGAGGUUAGCCUGGGACUUUACUGUGGGACAGCUCAGCAGUAAAGUUUUAAAAAGCAGCAGGCUGGACACGUGUCUGGCAGAGGUGUCUCUAGGUCUGGCUGUGAGCGGCGAUGUGAGCCUGCCGGACUUGCGCCCGGGCCAGCUGGCACUCAGCGUGAGGACCCUGUUGGCAGAGCUGCACGAGGGACUAUUCCACUCUGAGCUGCUGCUUCCAAAAGCAACCUGUACUCCAGACACUGACACGUCUUCAUCAGAACACACAGAAGAUCAGUAUAUCCAGAUGGAAGCAGUAGAGAAGAUUCACCAGAUGAUUCCCCAAAAGGUCAAGGUGGAGUUUGAGAACACUAACAUUACCCUCUCUAUGCACAGCCAGAAGCGACACCUGAACUGGACACUGAAGUCUUUAAAGCUUGACUAUGACCGCGAUGAGGAGCAGCUUCCUCUGAAAGGGUUUCUUCCUGAACUCAAAUUCCCCCACAGCUGCUUAGAACUCCUGUUGGAGGAUGGCCUUCUUCUCUCACAAAGCCGGCAACGGAUUAUAUGUCUCACCUCACUGAAGACUGGGCUGCAGGUAACCUCAGCAGACAUCUGUGGCUCAGUGACGGUCAGCACGUGCAUCAUCCACUACCGCCAGCAGGAGUUCUCUCACUGGCUGGACUUGUUCUCAUGGGAACAGCUCAUUCAUAGGAAGGCCACUCACAGGAAAAAACGCCUCGCUCUUCUGGAUGUCCCUGUGCGAUUCUGCUCUACUGUGUCAAAUGUUAAUGUGUCUGUUCAGCUGGGAGACACUCCACCCUUUGCUCUGGGUUUCAUUUCUGUCAGUUCAGAACUGCAGCACUCUGUAGAUUCCACUAAACAAGAUGAAAGCCUGAGCAUGUCCCUGGACCAUUUCUGGUGGAGGGUGGGCCAAGGAUCUCACAUCCAACAAGCUCCACAUCCACCAGGCAAACACGUGUGGGGAGAGGCACUCAUCAUGGACUCCUUUACACUGCAGGGCAGCUACAGUAAUUCCCACAGUGUGGACUCCGGUUCCUCGGCCAGUGUAUGUGUGGAGUCCAGUUUGCAGGGCCUGCAGAUGGAGCUAUCUGAGACCUGUGCUUUGUGUCUGUCUCGCCUGUUCUCCGUCCUUAAACUGGGCCAAACUCAGAAUUCCCUCACUCCAGCACCUUCCAGUACACAAGAAUCAUCAUCUCAUUUACCUCUAGUUUUGAAAUUUCAGCUAAACCUGCAGGAUGUCAACAUCUUCACGCUUUCUAAUGUAGCAGGAGCUGUGGUGUUCCGGGUGGAUGAGGUAGCAGCCAGUAGCUCUGCUGAGAGUUCGCAAACAUUGGUCCGAGGUGUGGCUCUGUCUAUACUAAAGUCACUCAGCGAGAGCACUGAGCCAUGCUGCCCUGCAGACCAGGCCUGUUGUCCUGUGGUCAGUCUCAGCAGUCUCACUGUGUCCUACCAGAACAGCAGCCACACCCUAGAGAUGCAGAGUGAGAAUGCCUUGGCUCUUCAUUGGACGCCAUCUGAUCACAUGUUUCUCUAUCAGCAUGUCUGUGAAAGUCAUAGCUGCUGGAGCACACUGCAGGCGGUGCUAGGCAUAAAGCAGAAAGAAGUUACCUUGCCCUCUCCACCUUCUUCUGCUUUAAGAAGCCUCAGCAUGCGUUUUGUUCUGGCUAACACCCAGCUCACUGCGUAUGUCGCAGAGAAGAACUUUAUUAUUGUGCGUGCUGAGGCUCUGUCUGUUUCCAAGCAGCCAGGAGCCACUCACUUCAGGUCUCUUCAGGUGGUGUUCAACUUUGAUGGCAACGACAUUUUUACAUUCUCUGAGCCAGAGGUUAAUAUGCUUGAUCAUUCAGACGAGCUACUGCAGUACCGCAAAUGCUUCCCGUUCCUGUCGACACCUCACAACCGUGCUUGGCUCUUUUCCUUCCCCGUACUCACUGUGGAAUUCCCUUACCAGUACAACUUUUCCAGUACUUUUGACAAGACCGUGAGUGCCCAGAAAUGGCUGAAGAGUCUCCACAGAACUGGUUCCACUGAGCCUAAACGCCUUCCUCCAGAUCUCUUCUUCAAAGUAGGCCAGUUCUCCUUCGUCUUUCUGGAUGAUGUGUUCGAGAUCAAGCUCCGUGACAACUAUGAGUUGAUGAAGGAUGAGAGCAAGGAGAGUGCCAAACGCUUGCAGCUACUUGACCGCAAAGUGGCAGAGCUGCGCAGGAUGCAUGGUGAACUGCUACCAGCACGCAAGAUUGAGGAGCUGUACGCUUCACUGGAGCGCAAGCACAUAGAAAUCUACAUCCAGCGCUCGCGCCGCCUCUAUGCCAGCACCCCAAUGCGCAAGGCAUUGCUCACAUGGAGUGUGGCGAAUUUGGAACUGGUGGCACUGGCUGACCACUCACUGCAUGGGCAUGAGCAUAUGCGUGAGCUACUAUGUGAGAUUGACAAUGUCAGUCCCUUUCCUAAAGAUGGACUGCCUCUGGUGGUGCAGUGGUGCCGAGCCAUCUCUUUUAAGAUUAGUGCAUUCUUAGUGCGGAUCCGAGAUUACCCACGAUACUUGUUCGAGAUCAGGGACUGGGAGCUGUCGGGGCGUCUCAUUGGGACCGAGCAGGAUGGGCAGGUGCGUGGACGGCGCAGGGAGGUGGUUCAACUCGGCCAACCUUGGGGAGACGUGACUGUUUACCGGAACAUGCCUCCUCUCAAAUUCUACUACGAUGUCACCUCAAACAUAUCACUUUAUACCAUUGUGUGGGGGCCGUGCUGGGACCCGGCUUGGACUUUGAUUGGCCAGGCAGUGGAUUUACUGACCAAGCCAACAGCUGACCCCUCUCCUCUUCUGGCCUGGUGGGAUAAAAGCCGGCUGCUCCUGCAUGGACGCUGGCACAUGGACAUUGAACAAGCCAACUUGCACCAGCUUGCCACUGAGGACCCUUACAACACUACAGAAAACAUGCACUGGGAGUGGAACAAGCUGAAUUUUGACUGGAACCCUGGGCAGUUUGUCUUCAAGGGUGACUUGGAUGUCAACGUUAGGACUGCCUCAAAAUAUGAUGAUAUUUGUUUCCUGCACCUUCCCAAUCUGUGUAUGACUUUGGACCUGCAGUGGCUUUGCCAUGGAAACCCACAUGACCACCACUCGGUUAUGUUGUGCAGUGCAGACAGUGUGGCUGAUGUCACCUCGGUACAGCCACAUGAUUCCUACAGGGCCUUCAGAUCAGAAAACCUCAACCUCUCCAUCACUAUGGACCUUAACCAGAACAGUGGCACAGAACCCUGUCAGCCUCGAAUACUCCUAUACAGCAGCACUCUGCGCUGGAUGCAGAACUUCUGGGCCACAUGGACCAGUGUGUCACGACCCAUCUGCAGAGGAAAACUUUUCCACAGCCUCCGGCCCUCUCGCAAGAAGCUCGGCCAGCACUACAAACAGCUGUCCUACACAGCAGCGUUUCCUCAGUUGCAGGUUCAUUAUUGGGCAUCAUUUGCUCAGCAGCGGGGAAUUCAGCUGGAGUGCAGUAAGGGUCAUAUCUUCACCAGAGGAGCACAGAGGCUUAUACCACAGGCGGGCACAGUGAUGAGGAGGCUAAUCUCAGAGUGGAACGUGACUCAGAUGGUGAGCGAGCUGUCCUUGGUCACCGUGCACCUGAUGUCCUCCAGCUCAGACGAGACAGCUGACCACCAGAUCAACGCACAGGUGAAGAAGACCCAUUUACUCAGCCUGUCUUCACUCAGCUAUCAGAGACAAAGCAACCGCAUGGAGGAGGAUGUUGGUUCAAAGGACGAGUGCAAUGCCUCCUACACUCACAAGCUAUGUUUGGUGGAUCUGCGUGCCUCGUGGACUGCCACCAACAGGAACAUCGCCUUCGGUCUGUAUGAUGGUUACAAGAAGGCAGCCGUACUGAAGAGGAACCUGUCCACAGAGGCACUAAAGGGCCUGAGGAUCGACACACAGCUUCAAGCUAAGAAGCUUAAACGCUCCAUGUCCACUUACGCCCCUAACACUGCUCUUUCUACCCCUAUUGUUCCUGCUGCCAGUCGCACAGAGAAGAACCAGAAUGAAGGCACGUCUAUGCUUCAGAAGCUGAUUGAGGAAACGGAUAAGUUUGUGGUGUUUUCUGAAGAGGAUGCAGGGGUGAGCGACCAGCUGAGCGGAAUUGCAGCAUGCCAGACAGACGACGUGUACAACCACAACUGGUGCAUUGAGCUUGUCAACUGUCAGAUGAUGCUGCGUGGCACUGAGACAGCAGGGUGUGUGCUCGUUUCAGCUGCAAAGGCUCAGCUGCUGCAGUGUGAGCAUCAUCCAGCUUGGUACAGUGAUACCCUGAAGCAGAAGACCACGUGGGCCUGCUCACUGGACUGUAUGCAGUAUUUUGCCACCAUGGAGCCCAAUCCUUCAGAACAGGAGGAUGGGCAACUGUGGCUAGAGGUGAAAAACAUUGAAGAGCACAGGCAACGGACCCUGGACUCUGUGCAGGAGCUGAUGGAGAGCGGACAGGCAGUGGGCGGCAUGGUCAGCACCACCACAGACUGGAACCAGCCAUCACAUGUGCAGGAGACUCAGCAAGUCCAGCGCAUUAUCUCACGUUGCAGCUGCCGCAUGUACUACAUCGGCUACAGUCAUGAUAUCGACCCAGAGCUAGCUACGCAGAUCAAACCUCCAGAAAUACGUGACCGCCAUGAAAAAGAAGAUCUGCUCAAGAAGCAGGCUGGUGCAGUAGACACCUUCACCCUUAUUCAUAAUGACCUGGAGAUCUCCACCAACCCGGUGCAGUAUGCCAUGAUUCUGGACAUCGUCAACAACCUCCUGCUACACGUGGAACCCCGACGCAAGGAGCACAGUGAGAAGAAGCAGCGCGUGCGCUUCCAGCUGGAGAUCUCCAGCAAUCCCGAGGAGCAGCGCAGCAGCAUUCUGCACCUGCAGGAAGCCGUUCGCCAGCAUGUGGCCCAGAUCCGUCGACUCGAGAAGCAGAUCUACUCCAACAUACGGUCCCAACCUGAGGAACUAAGAGGAGACGAGCUGUCUGACAUCAACAUGCGCCUGCAGAAUCAGCUCAAUCAGGAGAAAACUGACCUGCAAAUGAAAAGUGAGGAACUCAACAUCCUCAUCAGAUGUUUUAAGGAUUUCCAGCUGCAGCGUGCUAAUAAGCUGGAACUGCGAAAACCUCCAGAAGACGUGAGCGUGGUGCGUCGUACUGAAAUCUACUUUGCUCAGGCUCGCUGGUGUCUCACAGAGGAGGACGGUCAGCUGGGCAUCGCUGAGCUCGAGCUGCAGAGGUUUAUGUACAGCAAGCUGAAUAAAUCCGAUGACACGGCAGAACAUCUUUUGGAGCUUGGCUGGUUCACGAUGAACAACCUGCUUCCCAAUGCUGCUUACAAGGUGGUGUUGCGUCCGCAGAGCCCCUGCCAGUCAGGACGACAGCUUGCCCUCCGCAUCUUCAGCAAAGUUCGUCCUCCUGUGGGCGGGAUUUCUGUCAAAGAGCAUUUUGAGGUCAACGUGGUCCCACUUACCAUCCAGCUGAUGUACCACUUCUUUAAGAGAAUGAUGGGAUUUUUCUUCCCUGGGAGAAAUGUCGAGGAGGAGGAGGUUGGAGAUGAGGAGGAUAAGUUACGGAUGGUCACCACAGGUGUUGUAAAACCAAGGCAGCUAUCUGAGGACUCUAUAGGCGGGCUGGGCCCAAGUAAAGGAGUCACACAGGGGAUGAAUCGCACGUCAGGGGUCAGGAGGUCUUUCCGUAAACCACCAGAGCAUCCUAUAGAUGACAUUGACAAAAUGAAAGAGAGAGCUGCAAUGAACAACUCGUUCAUCUACAUAAAAAUCCCUCAGGUUCCUCUAUGUGUCAGCUACAAGGGUGAAAAAAGCAGUGUUGACUGGAAGGAUCUGAACCUGGUACUGCCCUGUUUAGAAUAUCACAACAACACCUGGACCUGGCUGGAUUUUGCCAUGGCUGUGAAAAGAGACAGUCGAAAAGCUCUGGUUGCCCAGAUGAUAAAAGAGAAGCUGCGUCUGAAGCCCGCCUCAGCCUCUGAGUUUCGGGGAAAGGCAGCAGAAGGAAAGGCUGACAGCGGCCUGCAGCAGCAGAUGGAGGACGAGAAAGCCAGGCUGCUGAUCGGCCUGAGCACCACCGACAAGAGCUCCAGCAAGAAGAUCUUCAGCCGCCACAAGUGAUUCCUCUCCGAUGAUACAGCGGUGUGGAGAGAUUAAGCUCACCUGAGUCUCACCUGUCUGUGUUUCAUUUUGUCUAGUGGACCAUGAUGAGAACAGAUCAGAGCUUUUUAUUACAAAUCAAUUUCAAGUAACGUUACUCUCGACUUUUAGAGGUCCAUGCUGGCUAUGGAUUUCUCUGAGCAGAAGUCCUCAUGUCUCUCAUCGCUGAUAGCGUUAAGGGCACACUGAUCAUCAUCUUGCUGUCUAUGAAGAGCACAGUGUCCUAUUAGGGAUCAAGGUUAAAUUGUCACACGUGUUUUUGUGCCAUCAGUGUUUCACGUAUCAUUGCAGUUCACUGCACUAUAUACAGCCUUCACUUAUCAGGAUGGCCAUUUCAGCAAGCCCUCAGGUGUUUAAAAUGUUAGAGUUGUGUUCAUUUCAGGAGAAAAGGAUCUCACACACAGGAUCGUUGUGUUUUAAUGACUGCCAACAUCUCUCCUGCUGGCACAGGAGGCCCUGCACAGUCUAAGGGAAAGUAUUGCACUCUAUUUUAUGCACCUUGGAAAAUCAAGAGGGAUCAGAAAUGGGUUUCACUGCAGAGAUGUGUUUAAUGUGUAAUAUUUCAGAUAUGCAUAAAUGCAUUUACAUUCACUUACCUAAUGCCUUGACCACUUAAGAAGUUGCACUCUCACUGAAACGGCCCUUAAGGAUUUAUUCUCUAAAGCUCAGUAUAUAUAACUACAAGUCCCAAAAAAAUAGCAGGUAUUUAAUAUUAUAUUGUUGGUCUAAGAUUUGCUGUACUAACGUUUGUGCAAUAUCUCGACACGAAGUUAACUGAAUAUCCGUUCAUCUAUUCAUUGUUUUAUGUUCUUGAAAUUCAUGGGGAGAUUCUUUGUCAUUUUUGGAGCAUUUUUGAUCAUUUUAACACUAUGGCACUUUUGUUUGUGUUUUCCUUUAAGUUUUGAAGGUAUAUAUUGUUGGUUAAGUUCUUUUUCCUGAUCAAGAUAUGAACAAAUGCCAGAUAAGAUUUCAGCUUAAGUGUUUCUUUUUUUCCAGUGAAAUCAGGGUGUUGGCGCUGUCUUUUGAUUUUUAACGUCAACACGCUUUGUAAAUGAAUUUUCAGUAUUAAAAAAAUCAAAGCUCCAAAUAAAAUCUGUUGCAUUUUUCUUUUACAAA